GUCAAAUUCCACACUCCUGUCAGAUCACAAACAUGGCACGGCCCAAACCUCUGGGUUCCAUUUCCACAAACUCCCAAAAAGUCAUGCAUCUCGUGGGAAGGCCAGCGUCGCAUCAAGCACCCAAGAGGUAAGAAUCCAAAAAUUGUCGACAAGGGUCCAUCAUUGGCUGCGUCUCGCUGGCGGUCCCCUCUGCUGCAACCAACCCAAAAGCAUGAUAAUAGUGAUAAAAAACCGACAAGAGGAGCGCAGCCAGCGGGAAGGCUUGGCUUGGCUGGAUUUCGAGCAUGACCGGGGAGCUGGGUUUAGUCUAGCUGAACCUCUCAUCAAUCAAUUCGCCUUCUCUCUCUCUCCUAUAUUUUCAUUUUCACUUUCAACGACCUGUCUUUCUUUUCAAUGUACAAAAUCUGCCUUGUCAGCGAAUUUUGACAAGAUAAUUCCCAUUUUGGAUACCGCCAUUUGAAGAACCGAAGACUUAUCGCAUCUUGUACUUUUGUUGCUGCAGGACGGGGCAAGAAGGACGCGCCACUGAAUGCGGGUACGGAUACCCGGCACACACACCACAGCACAGCCAGAGGAUGAUGAAAGUGAGGCUCGUUGCUUGACCGAGGACUCGAUUGAGAAGAGACGGAUCGAACUACACCAGCAACUUGACGUCAGUUUUGUUAGCGAUCUAGGCAGAAAGAAACAAGCGCCGAUAGACACAACCUGUCUCAGCCCACUUGUCUCACGGUGUACUUGACCCAGAUCCCAGCUCAUCUCUACACAGCACCACCACACAGGCAGAUUCACCCAACCCAUAUUUCCAACCACUAAACCACCCAGCCUCAUCACCACUCACCCUACGUGGGAGUGAGUGAGAGGCCAGGCAGGCUACCGAAUAUAUCAACUCGUUCACCGAGCACUACUUGCACCCCAAUCUUAUCACCAAUCUUGAUCCCCCAGCAGCUCGGCUCAGCUCAGCCCCUUUCCCUUCCACUUCACCACUCGGUGUGUGGUGAGGAAUUCAGCCAGUCCAGCCACAAUGCAAGAACCAGAGAUCUUCACCCAGCCCAUCACCUCCAAAGACCGAAUCGACGGCUCCCAAUCCCCCAACGGUCUCGAAUUAGACACCUACCGCGGCACAAUCUACAGCAAUGGUCUCUCCUCCCCCGGUGGAAACGGCCACGGUGGCAGCCGCGGUGGUCCCAGCGACGACAAUUCCUCCGAUGAUUACCACGACUUUGUUUACCCAGAAGAACGCAAGCUAGGGACAUGGUCGACCGCUUUCCUAAUCAUCAACCGGGUGGUGGGCGCCGGCAUCUUCAGCACGCCAAGUAGUAUCAUCCUCAGUAUCAACAGCGUGGGGAUGACGUUGCUAUUUUGGGUGCUGGGGGGUAUUAUGACUUUUUGCAGCCUCUUCGUCUACCUAGAAUACGGCACCGCCCUCCCCCGCUCCGGCGGCGAAAAAGUCUACCUCGAGCGCGUCUACCAACGGCCAAGAUACUUGGCAACCUGCAUCUUCGCCGUGCAGUUCGUCUUCUUCGCCAUCUCCACCGCCAACUCGAUUUCCUUCAGCUCCUACCUUCUCCGCGCCGCCAAAGGCAGCAGCGGCAAUGAGGAAUACCUCCGAAGCCAGCAGCUCCAGCCCAACAUCAACGUCUCCGAAGACGAGCGCCAAUGGCUCACCCGAGGUAUCGCCGUUGCAGCCAUCACGGUCGUCUGUCUCAUCCACGCUUUUGCCCCGAGAUGGGGUAUCUGGCUCAGCAACGGGUUGGGGGCCUUCAAGUUGGUGUUGCUGAGUCUGUUAGUCUGCACUGGUUUUGCGGCAUUGGCGGGAAAGACGGCCAGUCCGAGGCCGGAGCCGAGUAACUUUUCGAGUUUCAAUGGCCCGGAAAUGGAGACUGCGAAUGCGAGGACGCUGGAUACUGGUCCGCCAAUGGCGCAGACAGCGGCGGGGUAUGCGUUGGGGCUGUUGCAGGUGCUAUACUCGUAUGGAGGGUGGGAGAAUGCAAACUAUGUGUUGACCGAGGUGAGGAAUGCGCCGACAACGUUGAGGAGAGCGGCGCCCAUUGCGAUCAGUAUCGUUACGGUGUUGUAUGUGUUGGCGAAUAUUGCUUAUUUUUCUGCCAUGACGAAAGAUCAGAUGGCCAAUUCGAGAGUGGUAGUCGCUGCUCAGUUUUUCGAGAACGUCUGGGGGAAGAGCGUCUUCGUUCAGAGGGUUUUGCCGUUGUUUAUCGGGUUUUCCUCGCUGGGCAACGUGUUUGCCCAGUCGUUCGCCAUGCCUCGUGUGAAGCAGGAGUUGGCCAAAGAGGGUGUCUUGCCAUGGUCACGGUUCUGGGCGAGUGACUGGCCGUUCAAUGCUCCAUCCGGUGCCAUCUUUCUCCACUGGAUUGUGACAACAGUCUUCAUCCUUGCCUCGCAGACAUCAGACGUGUACACCUUUGUCACCAACGUCUUCGUGUACAGCUCGAACUGGAUCAAGAUCCUUCUUGCUGUUGGGCUGGUGUACCUGAAUUUUACGCCCUCGGAGCGGUGGGCGGAGCAGAGGACUACCUUCCGGAGCUCGCCCUUGUUGACGAUUUUCUGGACGGUGUCGUUGCUGUUUGUGCAGGCGGCGACGUUCAUUCCGAACCAGGUGUUCACGACGGAGAGAUUGCCGUACUACGUUGUACCCACGUUGGGUACGAGUCUGUUGGCGAUCGGGACGGCAUACUGGCUGAUUUGGGCAAAGGUGCUGCCCGCGUUUGGAUACCAUAUUCAGCAUGAGAUUGUCCAGAUGCCUGAUGGUAGCGAGAGAGUGAAGUACAAGAGAGUCAGACCAAAAAAGAAGAGAAAAAGACAAGGCCAAUGGCAACGUCCGAGGAGGCAGUCGGUGUGGUGAUACACUGACGUAUUUGUUGUAUAUAAGGAUGAUUGUAAAUAACUCUUAAUGUUGAAUACGGCAGAGGCCGAGCCAUGGAUCCCACCCCUUGAGAAACAGUGACGUAGACGUAGAUAGAUUGCUGUAAGAGACAGAGUAUUGAAAGCUAGGGUUGGGGUUGUCGAUAGUGACGUGUUCAGGGAGGCAGUAGCCAGACUAAAUGAGAAGAAGAUUUCAUUGAAACCAUGCUCCCG